GCUUCCUCUGUAAGAUCAUCAACACUUCCGGAUCAACGAUAAAAACAAAUUACGAUAACAAUAUUAAAAAAAGAAAAUACUGCUUCAAUUUUCUGAUCUCGGAUUUCUUCCCACUCUCAGAUUUCAGAAAACCCUACAUUCCCAAUCCGGGGAAGAAGAACAAACAAGAAAAAAGAAAACCCUAGAUUCAUCCCCAUUUUUGGAAGAAAGUGAGAAUUUUUGCUGAGACCCAAUUUUUGUCCGAGUGGAUGACAACCGAAAUUUGACUUUGAUGUAGGUGUUAAACUCUUUCCACAUACGGACCAAAGCUUGAUUCGAUUUUGCUCCGUUCUCUGCCACUGAAUUUUUUAUUCCCACCGUUUUAUUACUUUUGGACGUUCUUUUGUGUGUUGAACACCCAGAAAGGGAAAUCGAAUAGUGAGAGUGGCAUUGCUAACUGAAUCCCGAUUUGCGAAGGUGUUCGUUAAAAUUCCGCAAUUGAGAGUUUCAUGUGUUGUGGGGUGUAAGCAUUGGAAGAUUGAAGGGUGUGUUGGAGAUGAUGAUGAAGAGGGAGAGGGGCAUGUGUUGAUGUUGAUGCUGAGGGUAUAAUGUCAUUAGGUCUUCGUUCUUCUGGGAGUUAUGGGUCUCUGCUUGAAAACGGAGUGUCACCAAUUCAAGCAGCAUCGGCACGCAAGGCUUCCAAGAUGGUGAAGGAGAAAGAUAAGGAGAGACUCUUCCUUUGGAUCUGCAAGUUUGCUGGUCGCAAGAAGGUUGGAAUGCUUUUCCUCUGCGCCAUCUCCGCUGCCGUCUUCAUCUGGGUUCUCUAUGUUGGAAAAGGUGAUGAUUCUCCGGAAGGAAAUGCCGUGCAGGGCAUUAAUGUUAAUGAAAGCAUGUCUAUAGAUGAUUCCUCGCCUCUGAUCUCUACUGCGGCAAGUGCCCUGGGCUUGACUACCAAUCUGGCAUUACCGCCUCCUCCCCCUAGUUAUUUUUUGGGGUAUAGUCUUCCAGAGGGGCAUCCAUGUAAUAGCUUCACUCUUCCUCCCCCACCAUCUGAUCCAAAGCGUACCGGGCCACGGCCAUGCCCGGUAUGUUACCUUCCUGUGGAAGAAGCUAUUGAGCUGAUGCCAAAGUCACCAUCACCUUCACCAGUUCUUAAGAAUUUAACUUAUAUCUAUGAGGAAAAUAUAAGUAGAUUUGGAGAAUUCGGUGGCUCAGACUUUGGUGGAUAUCCUACUUUGAAGCAAAGGAAUGAGUCUUUUGAUAUACAAGAAUCAAUGAGUGUGCACUGCGGAUUUGUAAGAGGAACUAAACCUGGCCACAACACAGGAUUUGACAUUGAUGAAGCUGACAUUCUUGAAAUGGAGAAGUGUAAUGGAGUAGUUGUUGCAUCUGCCAUAUUUGGAAAUUUUGACGAGAUAAAUGAGCCAGCAGAUAUAAGUACAUAUUCAAAGGAGACAGUGUGCUUCCUUAUGUUUGUAGAUGAAGAAACAGAAAAAUAUCUAAAGAGUUCAGGCAAGCUGGGAAGCAGCAAGAUGAUUGGCUUAUGGAGAAUUAUCGUUGCUCAUAAUCUUCCUUACACAGAUGCACGGCGGACGGGAAAGAUUCCGAAGCUUCUGUUACAUAGAUUGGUUCCAAAUGCUCGCUAUUCUAUAUGGGUUGAUGGGAAGCUUAAGCUUGUUGUUGAUCCAUAUAAAAUUCUUGAAAGGUUUUUGUGGAGGAAGAAUGCAACUUUUGCAAUAUCAAAGCAUUAUAGGCGCUUUGAUGUAUUUGUUGAGGCCGAGGCAAACAAAGCUGCCAAAAAAUAUGAUAAUGCCUCUAUCGACUUUCAGAUUGAGUUUUACAAGCGAGAGGGAUUGACCCCAUAUACAGAGGCCAAGCUUCCUCUUACAAGUGAUGUUCCUGAAGGAUGUGUUGUAAUACGAGAGCAUGUGCCGAUUAGCAACCUUUUCACUUGUCUUUGGUUCAAUGAAGUUGACAGAUUUACUUCCAGGGACCAGAUUAGUUUCUCAACCGUCAGGGAUAAAAUUUUGUCGAAGGUGGAUUUUCAUUUUAACAUGUUCUUGGACUGUGAAAGACGCAACUUUGUGAUUCAGAAAUACCACAGGGAUAUAUUGCUGCGGCUAGCUCCACCAGCGGGUCAUGUCCAACCACCCCCUCCGCCAGCUCCAAUUCUCGAGGUGGUCAGUGAAAAGGUUGUAAGUCCACCCAGCAGGAGAGGGCCGGGAAGGCGUGGAAGAGAUAGGAAAACUGGUAAUAGGCGCCACCGCAAAGUUGUUGCUGGAAGUAAAGACAUGGACACAGCAAGUUAAAAAGAGUUUUGUCUGGGUGAUUAUACUAUUUUUUUCUUUUGUUUCUGAUAUUCCACAUACGAAAAUCAUUCAUUGGAGAGCAGGAGGAGAAGAUGCAAGAUGUAUGUUGUAAUUUGAUUCUCUCAUUCUUUUUUUGUUAUUUUGUGCAAUUGUCUAUCUAAAUUAAUUUUUUGUACAUAUAGCAACAUCUUCAAUAAUUAUUUAUAAACAUGGGUUACCACUGAAUUCCUCACUUGGCAACCCAUUCUGCUA